CUGGCCAUGCCAGUACUUACCACUGAUGCUGAGUCAGAAACAGGUAUCCCAAAAUCCCUUUCCAAUGAGCCUCCCUCAGAAACCAUGGAGGAAAUAGAGCACACAUGCCCACAGCCUCGACUGACCCUGACUGCACCAGCCCCAUUUGCCGAUGAAUCCAGCUGCCAGUGCCAAGCACCUCAUGAAAAACUGACCAUCGCUCAGGCCCGCUUAGGAACACCAGUUGACAGGCCUGUUAGAGUGUAUGCAGAUGGAAUAUUCGACCUCUUCCACUCAGGUCACGCAAGGGCACUUAUGCAAGCAAAAACACUGUUUCCCAAUAGCUACUUGUUGGUAGGAGUUUGCAGUGAUGACCUUACUCACAAAUUCAAAGGUUUUACUGUGAUGAAUGAGGCAGAGAGAUAUGAAGCUCUCAGACACUGUCGCUAUGUGGACGAAGUCAUCAGAGAUGCACCAUGGACUCUUACUCCAGAGUUUCUGGAAAAACACAAGAUUGACUUUGUGGCUCAUGAUGACAUUCCAUACUCCUCUGCCGGUUCCGAUGAUGUUUAUAAGCAUAUCAAGGAAGCAGGCAUGUUUGUUCCAACACAAAGAACAGAAGGCAUCUCAACAUCAGACAUCAUUACCAGAAUUGUCCGUGACUAUGAUGUGUACGCCCGGCGUAAUCUCCAGAGAGGGUACACAGCCAAGGAGCUGAAUGUCAGCUUUAUAAACGAGAAGAAGUACCGUUUCCAGAACCAGGUGGACAAGAUGAAAGAAAAGGUCAAGAAUGUGGAGGAAAGAUCAAAGGAAUUUGUUAACAGAGUAGAAGAAAAGAGUCAUGACCUAAUUCAAAAGUGGGAAGAAAAAUCAAGAGAAUUCAUUGGCAACUUCCUGGAACUGUUUGGGCCAGAUGGUGCAUGGAAGCAGAUGUUCCAGGAGAGGAGUAGCCGGAUGCUACAGGCCUUAUCUCCAAAGCAGAGUCCUGUGAGCAGCCCGACCCGGAGCCGGUCUCCUUCCCGCUCUCCAUCUCCUACCUUCUCCUGGCUCCCAAACAAGACCUCUCCCCCGUCCUCACCCAAAGCAGCCUCAGCCUCCAUCAGCAGCUUGAGUGAGGGGGAUGAGGAUGAGAAGUAAAGGUACCUGGUCAACAAGAGCACACCACACAGGAUGGGAAGGGGUUCCGGGAUGCCUGGGUGGUAUUAAGAGCUGCAGCUCUGCCGGGAGAUGGGAGUUCUACCAUGCGAGGUACUAGGGCCAGCUCCUUUUCCUUCCCCAUUCAGUUUGGCCUGGACUCAGCAUGGAGGUUUCUGACCUGAAAACUUACACAAACCUUCUUAGCAUCAUAGAAGCACCCCACUUUAGCCCUACUAUGGAAAGGUGCAGAGCACUACUCCCUGAAGUGGGGUGACUUCUGCUUUGGUCCACACUGUAGCAAAUAAGCCACUGCAGAAGUGGCUGCUGCUGCACCCUGCUAUCUUCAGCCCUGAAAAGAGCCUUGCACGUGGCCUCCUAUCACCCACGCUCUCCCAGAAUGAAUUCCCUUCCAACUGAGGUGGCUACGUGCUUCCAAAAUGGGCAAGUUAAAGACAAAUUCCGGCCUUCUCAGUUCGGUCACUAAGGCCUGAUGGAAUGCACCGACACCUUCCCAUUCCAGGACCCUGACUCAGACGCAGCUUCGCUUUGGUCAGAUAGAAAAGUGUGACCCUUAACCUUUCAUUCAAAGGACAGCUAUGUCAAGGUGAAGUCCACUUAAGGCCUGACAUGCUUCUGGCUGUACUUUUUCAUCUCUGGCAUGAUGACACUGUUUUCCAGAAAUUACCUGGAUUAAUGGGACUCGCAACAAGGAAACCCGUCUUAUCUAAAAAGAAAUAACCAAACCAACCGGGAGCCACUUUGCUUUGGCUCCAUGUAUGGAAGAUGAAAAAAUAUCUCUUGGAGCUUCUUAAAAGAACCGCUCUUUCCAUUUCUGACAACAUCACAGUUCAUAGACCUCGAGUAACAGUUUGAUGUAACAAACACUUAGUAUACCGAUAGGGGGUGCUACCUGCACGUAUCUGUUCUAUGUAUCCUCCAACAUGCCACCCCAGGGUGUAUACCAUAUGCAAUAUGAAUAUAUGGUGGUGGUGUCAGACUAUAUACCCCUCUCCUGCUCUUUCCCAUGAUACCCUGCUGAAAUGCUUGAUCUCAAGAACCAUCUGGUUCCCUCAUGACUUGGGCACUUUGUCAAAAGCUCAAUCAAAUGUUAGAUUCCUGUAGAAAUGUUUUGUCCCAGAAAAUUCCUGUUGUUCUUCACCCAUGACAUUUUGGGUAAAGGGAAGGCUUAAUCCUUUGAAUGAUCUGAGAGACACUGAAGUUAUUUCUGGCCCUUGCUUCUCCAAAUGGGAUGGAGACUCUCAGAUGACUGGAGAACUAUGUGGGCCACUGUUCCCUAAUCACAUGCAGGGAAUGAGCAGGCCCAGUCAAGGUUUAGAGCUAAUCUCUUAGGUACAAAUAGAAUUUCCUGAUUAUACAAGUAAAGACAGACAGACAGCACUGCAGCUUGACUGAAUGAAGGCCUUAACAUGUGGUAGGCAAAGUCCAGUACCUCCAGUGACAGAAACACCCUCUGUUUUCAGAAGCUUUGGGAACAAGCAUUCUGGGGAGUGGGGGACAACUGAUGAAGAAAGGCCCCCUGUCUUUCUCCUUUGUGUUGGGGUCAAACUACCUCCCUGCUCACCUGAAGAUCAGUGGUGAUUGUUGCAAAACAAAACUGUGAGGCUAAAGCAACCUGGGGCCUCCUUUUUCCUGGUACUUCUUCCAGAAGUCUGUAAAGUGCUUGUGAAAGACAGGGGGUCUCUGGGAACCCAGCCUGGGAGAAAGAAUGUUCUUUUCAUAGUCAAGGCCCUCUUGGAGCAUCAGAGGCAAGGGCUUCCAUCUUUCCAGUGUAUCAGUUUGACCUCAGCCUCCCACCAGGCACCCAGGACAAAUUGUGUAUGUAUGCUUUCCAUUUCAGCCAGCUGACACUUGUGGCAGCACAGGGACAAAGAGAGCAACUGAGCAAAUGAAGAAGAGAAGAGGGUCCUAGAGAGAGGAAAGAAAGAUAAAAGCAUCUACUGUCUUAAGCCACUUAAGGUUGUGUGUGCUUGGAGACUCUCUGUUGAGGAGGAAGCCUUUAUUUAAAAAAAAAAAAGUCCUGACUCCAUGAUCCAGGGCAGAUAGGUCCACUUUUACCUAAGUCUUGCUCUGAGGCAGAGUGUAGAGGUGGUGUAUGUAUCAGGUGAGUAUAAUUUUGCAGGCCCUAUAUACCAUCCUGACGGGUGCCACAUACAUAACUCAUCAGAGAGCGCCACUGUAGCUGUGAGUGAUGGGAAAUGACCAACAUCGGAAUCAUCCCAGGUACAAAUGUCACUUAAGUGGGUUGAAACUUCUUCUCAGUUUCCAACCUCCUUACCUUCCCAAAGCCACGAGUUUUCCACAAAGAAAUGGGGCGGAUUCUGCUAGCCAACCUCUGGCCCUUAUUGACGAUCUCACAAUCCUUCCCAGACCUGACCUGGUUUUACCUCCUCCCCGACACCCAGGAGGAGCCAUAACUGAACUUUGUGUGGGUUCUUCAGGCAAUUCUUAUGGUCAAGGACAAGUUAAGGAUCGAAUGACAGCAUAAAGCAUGCUGCAAGCUUAGAGAAGUAAGAAGAAAAGGGACAUAAGCCAGGGAAAGGGCUCUUUCCUCCAGGAAAGGAAAGAAGCAACUUAGGGAACCCAUUCCCUAAGGCUGGGAAUGGGAAGAUGGAAAAAAACGACACUAGAGUUGGUGAGUAUGGGAGGAGUUACGUUUUCUGCUUUCCUUCCAGGCAUCACUAGGAAAGAGGAAGGCUUCCUAUUGUAUACUUCCAUGGCUAGUAGAUCCCCAUGCAGCAGGUGUGGUCCUGGCCUCUCCAGCUUCUUUGGCAUAUUAGCAAUCCUCAUGUCCUCCUCAUCCCUAGAAACCAAGUGCUGACUCCCUUCACAUAAACAACAGCAGGGGUGUAGUUGUAAUGUGAUAGUAACACUGUAUGGCCCAUGUCUGCUAAGAAACUUCACUGUCAGGAUAACCCAGAGGCACAGACACAGUGUGGCUUCUGACAUGCAGUGGGGGCAGGAGACUCAGCCAUCCUAUGACCGAGGCUACAAGAUACUGCGGUUACACUGGUGGGUUGUGGCUACAGGAUGAACAUGGCUUACUUUCCCUCAAUCUUCAGGACUUAUUUUAAUGUCCAGUCCUACCCCACAGAGAAGACUGGUUAUCCAGCAUCUACUCAGCAGCUCCAGUCCUAUCCUAACCAUCUGAUGAAGGAAGGAAGGAAGGAAGGAAGGAAGGAAGGAAGGAAGGAAGGAAGCAAUAAGUGAGCUCAUUAGGCAUUUUUUUAACUUCUCUAGUUUUCUGUUGUGUUGCUGCAAUGUGUCUGGGGACAAAGCCAUAAGAACAGCCUAUCUACUUAAAAUUCUGCUGUACAUAUAAGCUGAGGGCUCGUCUGGAUUCAAGAAUGACCUUAUGCCCAAGCAUUUGCUCUGGUGCUGAAUAGUGCAAACUACUGGAAUCACCCCACCCCCACCACCGAAACCCCUAAACCCUCUACCCCAAUCCCAAAUGGACUACAGUAUUCCCAACUUGUUUAUAAAUAAAGGGACACAGAGUC